AUGGCCGAUGUCAAGCAGAGGCCAGGAAGUUCAUUAUUAGGCCUUUUCAAGGAGAUAUUCAAUUGGUAUCCAUCGAGCUAUCCUGCAACCGAGAGAAAGCUUCUAUUCAAACUUGAUUUAUCAAUUCUUGUCUUCGCUUGUUUAUGCUUUUUCGUAAAAUAUUUAGGUUCGUCGCCUACCCCUUUUCCGACCAGCGGUGUAUUCAUAGAACUAACCGAUAGACACUACUCCAAAGACCAAACAAACAUCAGCAAUGCAUAUGUUAGUGGUCUCAAGGAAGAAUUAGGCCUAUACGGAAAUGAACUUAAUUACUUUAACGUAUGCUACUUCGUAGCUUAUGUAGUAUUCCAAGUUCCCGGGUUGCUUCUUAUGUCGCGACCUCGACUGGCUCGCUGGUUAUUGCCGACACUCGAGGUUCUUUGGGGACUUUGUACCUUCGCUCAAAGUCGAGUUACGAAUGUCCAACAACUUUACGCAUUGCGGUUCCUUGUUGGCAUGUUUGAAGCCCCGGUCUUUGCUGGGACACAUUUCAUCCUAGGCUCUUGGUAUAGUGGGCCAGAGCUCUUCAAGCGAGCUGGAACUUGGUUCAUAUGUAACCCCUUAGGAUCCAUGAUUAGCGGCUACCUUCAAUCUGCCGCUUAUACCAACUUAUCGGGGGUCGGGGGUAUGGAAGGAUGGAGGUGGCUCUUCAUUAUCGACGGCAUAUUCACUCUUCCAGUCGCCUUACUCGGUUUCAUAGUAUUCCCCGGUGUCCCAGAUUCGCCAAAGCCGUUCUACUUCACUUCUGACGAUAUCGCCCUCGCGAGGGCAAGACUGGCUCGGGCUAAGAUUCGCAAGCCUGGACCGCUGAACCUCGACGUCUUCAAGCGAGCCCUUGCACGUUGGCAUAUCUGGAUAUUCGUGUUUUGUUAUAUUUGCAUGAUUAUCAGCUCGUAUCCGGUCUCAUACAUGAAUCUUUGGUUGAAAGCGGAGGGCUUUUCUGUCGUUCAGAUCAACCAGCUACCGACAGUUACUUACGCAAUUAAUAUCUUGGCGUCGUGGCUUGGGACAACUUUAGCAACUAUCUACCCGUCCUGGACUAUCUAUACGGGGGCCACGGGAGGCAUGGUUUUCUCAGCGAUAUGCAUGAUUGUAUGGAAUAUUCCAAAAGCUUUGAAAUUUGUCGCGUGGUACAUCUUCGGAGUGUCUGGAUGUCUGAGUCCUAUUCUCUACUCCACAGUAAACACAAUCGUCAAGGGGGAUUCAGAAGAGCGAGCUCUUAUCAUGGGCUCUAUGAUGACUUUCGGCUACUCCUUCAAUAUCUGGGUACCUCUCCUAUUAUUUCCUACUGCCGGUCCCAACGGCGCUCCUAGAUGGAGGAUUGGAUGGCCAGUCGCGUUGGUCUUCCAAGUUUUAUUAUGGGCUGGAUUUAUCACCUCAUUAUUAUUAUACCGUAGAGAUUUAAAGAAACACAAUAUUGAUGAUGCGGGAAGAGAAGGGGAAGAAAGUUCAUCUGGAGAAGAACCUGUACUUGUUCAGGCUGGUGCUCAUUUAAAGGAUUAA